AUGUCUAACCGAGCAUCGGCCAAGAGGUCGCGCAAGCGGCGGCAGGAGCGACUGGAGGAGCUGGAGGUGCUGUCAGCCUCGCUUCACGUGGACAACGCGAGCGCGCAGCGCCGGCUGAACGAGGCGCAGGAAACCAUCCGGCGCCUGCAGCGCUGCCAGCAGGCGCUCCAGCGCAGCGUUGCCGAGGCGCACGCACAACUGGCCGCUGCCACCGCUGCUGCCACUGCUGCUGCUGCAGCUGAAGAUGAUGAUGAUGAUGAGGACGAGGACGAGGGGGAGGAGGAGGAGGUUAAGGAUGCUCCUUCUGCUGGUGCUACACCUUCAGCUGCUGCUGUUGCUUCUGGUGGUGGUGGUGGUGGUGGUGGUGGUGGUGGUGGUGGUGGUGGUGGUGGUCAGCAGGGUGAAGGCGCUGGUGAGACGAUCGCCCCCCUGCACCCGCUGAAGGAGGAGAGGCUGUUGCUGCGCACGCCACUGGACCUUGCGGGAAAACUGCAGGGAGGAAUGGCCGGCUGGGGUGGAAAAAGUGGGGCAGGAGUGGAUGCGGAGGAGCAGGACGAACAAGAGGGAGAGGAGGAAGUGGAGGAGGAGGAAGGGGGUGAUGAGGAUUGUGGGGAUGGAAGCGAGGGCGAGGAGGAGCUGGACGAGGGUGCAGUGGGCGGUGUAAGUGCCGAGGCUGAAACGGGUGUGUUGAGUGGAUUGGAAGGAGGGAUUGGAUGUGAGGUUGCAGCACCAGCCAUGGCAGUCGACUUUGACUCACUACUUGCCUCUGCGCAAGGCAUCGUGAAUCCAAGUGCUAAUGCCCCUGGUUCUUUUUGGAUGAGUGGUUAUGGUCGUAGCGUGGGGAGGGUGGGCUGA